AUGAAGAAGCAGCAAGUUGUACACUGUCAAUUUUCCGUCUGGUAUCCAAUAUUUAAGCAACAUACGAUUAAAAGUCACAUUCUUCCACUUCCUAAAAAUGUAAUUGAUUAUUUACUGGAUGAUGGGACACUCGUAGUCCCUGGAAGUGACUACAUUACACAGCAGACGAAUGCAGAUGAAGACGUUGAGUGGUCAGAUGAUGAAACAACCACUACAGUCACAGCACCUGAAUUCCCAGAUUUCACUGCCAAAGUGCUCCAAGCUGUCAAUUCCCUGGGUGGUCGUGUAUUCCCCAAACUGAAUUGGAGUGCCCCAAAGGAUGCCAACUGGAUUGCACUCAACAGUUCCCUUCAGUGUCAGACCCUGAGUGAAAUAUUUCUUCUCUUCAAAAGCUCGGACUUCAUCACUCAUGACCUCACGCAGCCAUUUCUUCACUGCAAUGACCAGGAUUCCCCUGAUCCUGUUAUCCGCUAUGAGCUGGUCCUAAGAAAGUGGAGUGAGUUAAUCCCUGGUGGAGAAUUUCGUUGCUUUGUUAAAGAAAAUAAAUUGAUUGCAAUCAGCCAAAGAGACUACACUCAGUAUUAUCCGCACAUCUUGAAGCAGGAGGAGUCCAUCAUUCAUGCAAUCCAAGAUUUUUUUAGCCAACACAUCCAGUAUCGCUUCUUGGAUGAUGACUUUGUAUUGGACGUGUACAGAGAUAGCCAGGGAAGAGUGUGGCUCAUUGAUUUGAACCCAUUCGGCAAGGUCACUGACUCACUUCUGUUUACCUGGGAGGAGCUUACAUCCGGUGGAGAAAUCAUCCAGCCACAGGUUAACGAAUGGGAAUGUUGCGUUCAGUGUCCUCAUCGGGGUUCAAACACACUUAUUUGUAUCUUUCAGGACCGUCCGGCUUUCCGCUACACCACUAGCGACGUGACGGUGCAGCCCAGUCCCUGUUUGAGCUACCGUAUUCCGCGUGAUUUCGUUGAUCUUUCCACCGGGGAGGACGCUUACAAGCUGGUUGACUUUCUAAAGCUGCAGAAAAAGCAACAGGAGGACGAUGAAGAUGAGACAACACAGCAGAGUUGA